UAUGGUCACAAAUGCUCAUCGACGUGCAGCGCUUUUUGUCGAAACAAUCGAUCAUGCCAUAAUGUUUAUGGGAUGUGCCUUUAUGGUUGUGAAGAUGGAUAUAACUUUGUCACCGACAACAAGUGUAAUACUACGUGUGCAGAGGGAUCAUAUGGUACUAACUGUUCAUUACCCUGCAGCGCAUUUUGUCUCAACAGUCGUCGAUGUCAUCAUUUAAAUGGGACUUGCAUUGAUGGCUGUGCAGAUGGAUAUGAAUUUGUUACUGACAAAACGUGUAAUACUCCCUGUGCAACGGGAUUGUAUGGGCACAUCUGCUCAUCGACGUGCAGCGCAUUUUGUCGAAACAAUCGAUCAUGCCAUCAUGUAAAUGGGACGUGCCUUAAUGGUUGUGAAGAUGGAUAUAACUUUGUCACCGACAACAAGUGUAAUACUACGUGUGCAGAGGGAUCAUAUGGUACUAACUGUUCAUUACACUGCAGCGCAUUUUGUCUCAACAGUCGUCGAUGUCAUCAUAUAAAUGGGACUUGCAUUGAUGGCUGUGCAGAUGGAUAUGAAUUUGUUACUGACAAAACGUGUAAUACUCCCUGUGCAACGGGAUUGUAUGGGCACAUCUGCUCAUCGACGUGCAGCGCAUUUUGUCGAAACAGUCGAUCAUGCCAUCAUGUAAAUGGGACGUGCCUUAAUGGUUGUGAAGAUGGAUAUAACUUUGUCACCGACAACACGUGUAAUACUACGUGUGCAGAGGGAUCAUAUGGUACUAACUGUUCAUUACACUGCAGCGCAUUUUGUCUUAAUAGUCGUCGAUGUCAUCAUAUAAAUGGGACUUGCAUUGAUGGCUGUGCAGAUGGAUAUGCAUUUGUUACUGACAAAACGUGUAAUACUCCCUGUGGUCACAGAAGGUAUGGUCGAGAUUGCUCAUCCAUCUGCAGCGAUUAUUGUCACAAUAAUCAGUCAUGUCAUCACAUAAAUGGGACGUGUCCUAAGGGUUGUGAAGAUGGAUAUGACUUUAAGCAAAACGAAACCUGCAAUACUAUUUGCAAAAACAGGACAUUUGGUAAAAACUGUUCAAUGAACUGCAACUGUGAUGAAUGCCAUCAUGUCAACGGUUCAUGUGCCAUGUUUAAACAGCAAUGCGACACUGGAUUCAAGAUGGACAAAGAUAUCUGUCAACAGAAUAUUGAAGCUUCAUCGAAACCAUCCUCAUCUUCUACUGGAGCAAUUGGAGGUGGAGUUGCGGCUGCUGUAGCCUUCACAAUUGUGAUCAUUAUUGCUGUCGUUUUCUAUAAACGGAGACGUAUGAACAACAACGGAGACAAUCGAGAGUUUGUCAAUGAUAUUGCAAUGUUCUCGCCGACAGAACCACAAUCUACUGUUAAGUCAGAUCAACAGCUUAAUUUGAAAACUGACUUACGUGGCAAUAUAUACGCAAAUGCAAAAGAUAUUCAAUCGGAUUACUAUGGCUUCAAUGCCUUUGCUACUGGUAUUCAACUGCAUGAACUAUGGACGUACAUACGUGAUAAAGACCGGAUUGAUUCUACUUAUUUCGACGACGAGUUUAAGAAAUUACCUGCUGGUUUGAUUCGAAAGCACGACGUCGCAUCUGCUGCGUGUAAUAAAGGCAAAACCCGUUACAAGGAUUUGUAUGCAUAUGACGAUUCGCGAGUUGUCCUGACAAACGCGUGUCCAGAUGAUUCCGACUACAUCAAUGCCAGCUAUAUACAUGGUUUCGAUAAAUUGAAGAAAUUCAUCGCAAGUCAAGGCCCUACUCAGAAAAUGAUUUCUGAUUUUUGGCGUAUGAUUUGGCAACAGAAGGUUGAGAAAAUUGUCAUGCUUACGAAUCUCAUUGAACUUGGAACGCUUAAGUGUCUUCAGUAUUGGCCAGAAGAUAUAAACGGUGAGUGCAAACACGGUGGCGUUCUUAUCAAGUAUGCCGGCAUCAAGGAAACAUUCGACUACAAAAUCAGAUCACUUGAAAUCACAAUGGAUGGUGAGACCAGGCGCCUCAACCAAUUCCAUUUUAUGUCCUGGCCAGAUAAAGAUGUUCCAGAUACAACCUGGUGUCUUGUGGAUUUUUGGAGAGCUGUUGCUAAGUUCGACGACACCAACACAUCCCCCAUUCUUGUACAUUGCAGUGCGGGUGUUGGCCGCAGCGGAACGUUUAUCGCUCUGGACAACUUGAUUGCACAAGCACAGAUUGAAAACUGCGUCAGACCUCUCCAUGUGGUUGAAGCUUUACGGCAACAAAGAGUGAACAUGGUCCAAACAAAGGAACAGUACAAAUACCUGCAUGAAGCUUUGGCAGAAGCCCUACUGAUUGGUACGCAUCACUGGGUUACAAGGCAGUUUGAAAGUGUCUACAACUUUAUGAUUGGAAAAGACAUUGAGACGUCGAAGACACGAAUCGAACAGCAGUUCGAAUUGAUAACCAAAAGUGCAAAUUACGCGAGGGGACAAAGCGCAGUAAUUGCAACUGGACUAGUAAACGACCAUAUUGGAACUCAAAACGAAGCCAUGAUUAUCAAGGCGACAGAGACUAAGCCGCAGUGCAUUGUCUUAUCAGCACUUGGAGAGAGCAGAGCGUUUAUAGCAUUGACUUCCUUACAUGAUAACACUGCAGAAAAUGUCUGGUCUCUUGUUGAGAAGCAGGGGUGUAAAACAAUGAUCGAGUUUUCAAAUCGUUCAGAAGGAUCGCAUAAGGCGGAUACUUACCAUGGUCAGAAAGAGGGCGGGCGUUUCGGAAGAUAUUACGUCAACUUAACCGAGGAAAGAAACGAUCGCGGCUUUGAGGAGAGAACAUAUUCCUAUAAAGAAGACACAAAAGGUAGCAGUCUAAAGACUUUUAAACAGUUCUACAUGCCUGGUAUGAAUAAAGACCCGGAAAGACAGUCCAUGCUUGAUCUAAUUGAGGCGAUAUUGACAUGGCAAGGUCAGCUCUCGACCGACACACCGAUAUUGAUUAAAGAUGGUUCGAACUUUCACAGAAGCGGCCUAGUUGUGGUAUUGUUGAGCGAGAUAUGUCGCAUUGUGACGCACGACGGACAAAUAAACCUUGUUGAAACAGUUGUAUCAAUGAAGCACCAAGAGAAGCAUAUUAUCCAUAGCGCUGCUCAACUGAGGAUCUGCUACGACGCAAUUUUGGACUACGUUCAGAAACCAGGAAUCUAUCAAAAUUUCUAAAAGCACGGAAUAAACACGACGUGUAUGCAUACUCUUUGAUAAAGAUAUGGCUUUCUGUUUAUGAUGACUGUGACGUCCAUGUAGUGUUAAGUUACAACAUGGAUGUGAAUUUAUUGAUUUUGUAUGUUCUUAAACAAUGACAAAAUAAAUGUAUGUUUUAUUUAAUGCAACCGGAUGAAAUAUUGACACAAAUAAUGUUGAUAAUUCCCCAUAGAGCUCCAUGUUACGAACAUUAUGCUUUUUUUAUUGUUUUGAUUACUUUUAGAGCUGGACAUCAGUUUGUAAGGUAAUGCAUACUCAAAAUAAAUAAAUAAAGUAAUUUGAACUAAAUACAACAUAAUAAAACCGCACUUUUGAUAUGCAUUGAUGACAUUAAGUAAAUUAAGCAGUGUUCUUCAAUAGUUUAAAGUUUGCUGUUUUGAUAGCUGGUAACAAAUAAAUGUACCAACAAAGUUUUCUACAGUUACCGUAUCUUCAUUAAGUACAUACAUGAACAGUAUUAUAUAUCAUGUGCAUGUAUAUUCAUCGGAAAAUGACGUUUAAAUAAACUAUUUUAUAAAGUGUCAACGUAAGUUAUGAAGCUGUAAGAAGUGUGUCUCGUUUAUUUCUUCGCCGUAUUUUUUUAUUCAUUGAUGUCGACGCUUUAUUAUAUUGUGUUAUUAUAUAUAAUUUAAGGGGUUUGUUUCAUCAAAUUAUUAACAUUCAAAAUAAUAAUAAUAAAGCAAGGAAAAUUGGUUCGUCUUUCAAGUGAUUUGGAUCGGGAACCUUUAGGAGAAAAUCUUACGCUUUACCACUGCAGCUCUCAAAUCAGCAAAGUUUUAACAAUGUGCUAGAAAUACAUUUUUUAUCUAUGAGGCAUAAGCGUCAUUAUUUGGAAUGUGGAUUCAAUAUAAACAAACCUUUUGUUCGUAUUUAGAAGUGUUAUAUUGCUUGAUUAAAUGCACACUGUCGUUUUUGAAUAUAUCACUUUGUUUUGGAAAAUGUUUAUUGUUGUCAUGUGAAUGUUUAUUACAGCGUAUUAUUUGCGUGUAGCGUAUGACGUUUUGUUUAUGCCUUGUGGUUUUUAUUAAUGUUCAUUCAUCUUUUUUUGUUUGGAUCAUAAACAUAGAUAAGUAUACUUUGGUUAUAAGUGCAUAUGUAUCUAAAAGGUUUGACAAGUUUGAUAAACUGUACCCGUUCAAUAGCAGUAUUGGAAAGAAACACGAAACCACCUGAUUGGUAAAUGUAUUUUAUUCACCAACAUAUACCAACACAUAUGAAACUCAAAAUGGUGGCAAUAUCCUAUUUGAAAUAAAAACAUAUAGUUUAUAGUUGUGUAAUGUUUUAAUAAUAUUGUGCAGUUAAUCUAUUUUUAACCGUUUUCAUUUAAAUCAAGAACUAUCAUAAACUAUUGUCCAACAAACGUAAAUAAUAAUAUGUAUGCUAUUGCAGAAAUGGCUGUGUGCAAAUUACAUGUAUUUAGUCAAAAUCGAAUGUUGAUUGCGAAAUUGCUGAACGUUUGAAUGAUAGAGUAACUCUAUAUUGUACUAUUCUUAUCUUGUGUUAGUGUAAUUUUAUUUAUUGAUGUAAUAAGGUGCUUAUGUCCAUUGUUGAUUUGAUAGUGUUUUUAUUUGUUGAGUUUGUUUGCACAGACGGAUGUCCUGUUUAUAGUGUUAAAAUCGUUAUAGUGUUUAUAGUGUUAAAUAAAGAGACAAUAGAUAAAUGACUAAAAAUCAUUUUAAUAUAUUUUGCACUUUACAUAACAUAACUUUGUAUCAUAUGCCAUACCCUGUUUCCCAUGUUAUAUAAUAUAUUUUU